AUGUCCUCCUUAACUACAAAUCCGGCCAACGCAGACGAGGAUGUGAGAACCAACCUGGACCCGACGCCACUACUAUUCAACGACGUGUAUUUUGAUCGCCAAUCCGAAUCCACCUUCUCCCCGUCCCCGUCUACCUGGGCGCCAUUCUCCCGCCUUCCAACGGAACUGCGUCUACACAUCUGGAAGCUUUCCCUCCAACAGCAUCGCAUGAUCGAAGUCGAUCUCCUAACCAUCGCCCGCAACAACAUCCCCCGGUACACCAACCGCAACCAUCUCGGCAGAAUCAUCAGCGACAAGAACUACACCCGCCGGCUGCGAGGCCGUGAGUCCUACGCAUUGUCGCUCACCCCACUCCUUCGCGUCAGUCAUGAGGCGAGGGCCGCCGCGCUCAACUUCUACCACAUCCACUUGCCGUUAAGUACGGGGCAGGUUCUGUACCUCAACUCAGAAUAUGACGUCGUAUAUGCCCGACCCCGAUAUAAGAAACAUCCCGUGGGGGGUGAUUACAUGCGAGACGACACAUUUCUCCUCGCCGACUUUCUGCAUGACGUCCGAGCGUAUGAUCACAAAGACCAUGGAAUCACCCGCCUCGCCCUAGGCAACGAAAUCCUUCACCAAUUCCUCGACUACUUCAAAGGGAAGACCUGGCUAACCCCCGACAAGCUCCACCACCCCACCGCAGCGGCUUCCUUCGCUGCCAUCCUCCGCCACAAGCUCCACACUUUGUUCUACAUCGUCGACUUCCGGUAUUCCGCACGCGGCAUGGGCCCAAACCCCUUCAGCAGCGGAUGGCGCACUCACUUUGCCCAGAGUUUCCCCCUCCGCCGACGGGGCCAUGUUGCGGGGGGGUUUCAAUGGUUUCCGGCAGACCCUCGGCCCGGCGUGGCAUUGGAUCUUCGCCAGGUGCCGCUGUGCGAGGAUCCGCGGACCAUGUUGCAAGGCUGGCGGGACCUGGAGCGGGUUUUCUUUUUGUUUGAUUCUGGCGUGCCCACGGAAAAUCAGCAGCAAACCGCCGCUGCCAGUCGAGAAAGUGAUGACGAUGGCGGUCACGGUGGGUGUCGCGUUUAUAUCUGCCCCACCCAGAAAUGGCCAACCGUCCCCAACACUUGGCCACCGGUGGUACCACCAACGAUAGAUCUGGACGGGGAUUACAAAAUACAAGAGCGGGCAGCCGAACGCGAGGCCGUGUGGUCAAGGGACGAGCUGAGGCAGCACUUCCGAGACGAGGUUACGCAGUGGGAGAAGCAGCGGGCGAAUUAUCCGUACUCCCUCCAAGAUAGCCCCCCGGGUUCCAUGUAUUCUGCCGACUCGCCAGAAGAGAUGGAAGUGUUUCUGGAAAUGGAGAAACUCCCCUGUACGGCCAUUGGUAUGUGGCUAAUGGAAGCGGAAGCCUUCCCGCCACCUACCGAUCGGAGAUUCCAUACGUUUAACCUGUCGAGUAUCCGGCCAGGUUUGCUUUUGUUUCAGGUGUGA